AUGAAUCAAGCCCAGUUGGAAGCCCAGAUAGUGGACUUGGAGUAUGGUAUGGAGGCGACACUUGUUCUGCUGGCAGCGGCGUUGGGGAGCAAGUUCGCAGAGGUGGAGAGUACCUACUCCCAAUGGCACAAACGGUUGCCGCUCGACAACCUCAGCGAUGAGCAUCGAACCAUGUUCAUGGAGAAGCUCGACUUGACUGAGAUGCAGUUGGCAGAACUGGAGGGCAAGUUCAAGCUUGCCAAUUCCAAGUACAACGAGACGGCACCCGGGUACAACGUGGGAGCUCGCCGUGCACGGAUGGCGACUCCAAGGAAGGCAGCCAAAGAGGCAUUGGCCAACAACACGCUUCGGUGCGAAAAGGGGACAGCUCGGGCAACUCAGAAUGUGAUGAAUGCCACGGUCGAACUUGUCCAAUCCACCCUGCAUGACGCAGACCCGCGGUACAACCGUACGGAGGCCGUGAAGGUGGUCACGGGCUGCAUGUUGCAGGCGACGAGCGGCAGCAAACGUGAGGCGAAAGCAGCCUUCCAGCCCAAACGCGCUACGCGUCGUCGCAAUGACAAACCGUAA